AAAAACAUGGAAGGCAAAGGCGCUACACGAAGAAGGACAGCAUCCUCAAAAUGAGAGAUGAAAAGUCAUCACCUAUAAAUAAAAUGUGAUUGUGAAUCGGCGCGCAGUGAAUGUAUGUGCGGAUUCCAUACGUGUAGACAAGAACAAGCAAAAGGACCAAAAUAUAGAGGCGAAAGAAAGCAGGAAUCAGAGUCAGGCAGAAUUAUGUCUAAAUCAAACGCGGACUUUAGUGCAUUCGACUUUAACGAUAGCUCCGAGAACAGUUUGAAUUCGCGCAGCAUUUUCCUGAAUCGCGGCGGGCUCGGCUCGGUGACAAACAGUGGCGCCGGAGAGGGUGGCGGGAGUAUAAAUGGGGGUUGCUCCUCGUCGCAGGCAACCUCCGAAAUAGGUGGCAAUGGCGGCUGCGGCGGUGACGACGGUGAUGAUGGUGAUGGAGACGGUGAUGGUGACACAAACAUAAAUGGCAACAACGAGGGUAGUAACGCAUUAGAUGCAGUUUCGGCUGCGAUAGGAAGCACAAGCAAUGGUGCGGGCACAUCAGCAGCCGGAACUGGAACUAACAACGGUGGUGGUAAUAGUGUUGGUGGUGGUGGUGGUGGGGCUAGUUGUAGUGAUGUAUUGGUGAAUAAUUUUAACGAUGUACGGAGUGGCAGUGCAAGCCUAAGUAAUAAUAGUGCGGCGACCACAGGUGGAUUGGGGGGUGGUGGUGGCAGUGCUGGCGAUGGUAGUGGUAAUGGCAGUAAUAGCAAAAAGUAUCGGCACCAAAAUUACAGUAAAAAUAUUUACAUUGGAACAAAAAAUGCUGAAAAAUGGGAGUUAACAAGAACGAGGUUGGCCUUUAAGAAUGACGUUGAGUUCGUUGCAUAUCUCUUAAAUUUGGCUGAAAACGACACCGAAAGGAGUUCAAGUCUUCCUUCAAUAUCAUCCACGACGAAAAAUUUUCCAAAUUUCAAAUUGGAAUCGAACCUAACAGUAAAGGACUUCAGUAAUAGUCAAACAGAAAAUUGCAAUGAUCCUCUACCGUUGACAAAGCCUGCUCCGAAGCUAAAAAAGCGAGUUCAAUUCCACGAUCCGCUAAACGGUUUUUCGAAAACGAAAGAUUUUCCAAAUUUUUCAAUGAAAGUUCCAAAACACGAUGCACAGGAUAAAGCUAUCAGCAGUAGUCUUGACAAUGAUGUUGUCCCCGAAGUAUUAGACUGUCGAAUUGCUGAAAAGAUCAAGAGCGAAUUAGCUGAAAAAUCUGCUAACAUUCAAAACGAUAGCUUCAAAGGAGCUCUGUGUUUGAAAAAAUCCACAGCAGAAACAUACCAGAUAUUCAAUCACAGUGAUGCCGAAGACGAUGAUGAUUUCGAUGAUGACGAUGAUAAUGAUGAAGAAGAAACUGGCAUUCUCAAUCCUGCUGAUAAGAACUUUCGUAUACGAGAUCGAUCAAAAAUCAAGAAACCUUCAAAAAUAUCAUUGUUUAACGGUAAAAUUAAAACGGAACAACAACAACAACAACCUCAGCCUCAAAAUGAUUCAGAACUACAAAGUGACGAUGACUAUGAUGAUGACGGGGAUGAUGGUGACGAUGGAGAUGGAGAUGAAGGCAUGCUGGCGACUGAAAUUAAAAACGAGCAAAACUUUAUCGAAGAAGAUGACGAGCACAAUGACGGGGGUUACGGAAUACGAUCUUGUCGAGAAUGUACGGUUAUGCAUGACUAUGAACACUGCCCCUUGCGAAAUUCAGUUUGUUACAUCAAGGAUACCGUUGAUUUGUCCACUUGGAUUGAGCGAAAGAAUAUCGAGGCUCUAGAAAAACUGAAAACCGAUUCCCAAAGGCUUGAAGGUGAUGGGACCGAUGCCAAUGAACUAGAUGAGGACAACUGUUCACAGACUUCAGAUGACGUCAGGAGAACGACUUUAACUUUUGCUGAAGCAUCAAUGCCUAGUGAAUUCGAACUUCGAAACAUCGAUGCGAACACCUUUGGGGUAUUCGCAAAAUCUGAUAUUCCUCUUUUAACUAAGCUCGGUCCUAUUAUUGGAAAACCAGUCCAAGUCAACGAUAUACCCGAUGACAGCAAUAUGAAAACUAUCUUUGAAAUAUGUGAAGGUGAUCGAAAGUCAGACCUCAUUUCCUGUGACGAUCCCAAUACUUCGAACUGGCUACGGUUUAUUCGACCAGCCUUAUCUUAUGAAGAACGGACUGCUAACUUGGUGUCAUUGGAUCGUCAAGCCUAUCUAGUUACUUGUCGGGAGUUGAAAGCAGGAUUCGAACUGUUAUACUGGAGUGACGAUUGCAACACCAUGUGGCGAAAGAAACACACCGAAAAAAUAAAUUGUGGCGGUUGUAAUCUCAAAUUCGAACAUCCUCUAUUUUAUCGUACUCAUUGCUCGGUAUUUCACGAUCCUUCAUUUAGUCUGACUAUUCGAAAAUACCAUUGUAAGGUUUGUGGUGAGGCAGUUUUAGGUAAGGAUAACAUAAUGAAGCACGCAGCCGAGAUGCAUGAAGGUAAAGGCGCUUACCAGUGCCAAUUUUGUAAUAAAUUCUUUUUGCGUCUCAACUAUUUGGAGAUGCAUCGCACGUACGGCUGUAGUGCGAAUCCGCAACGAGCUAGACCGCUGUGCGAUUUUUGUGGUCGAAAAUUCUGCCAGCCACAAAAACUUAAAGUGCACAUUAAACGAAUGCAUAGCGAUAUGGCUGAAGUUUUACGAGAUUUUCAGUGUAAAUUAUGUUCAAAACUUCUAGGAUCACGUGCGGCAUUGCAGCGCCAUUCUAAGGAGGUGCAUAGCCGGAAUUCAGCUGUAGUGAGUUGUCCCAGAUGCCAAAAGCUAUUCCAAAAUCGAAGCAAUUUGAAAAUCCAUAUGCUAACUCAUUCCGGUGUCAGACCAUUCAAGUGUGCCGAAUCUGAGUGUACAGCAGCUUUUACAACAAAACAGUGUCUUCAAUUUCAUUACAAGAAAGUUCACAAUUAUAGCCAGGAGCAAAUGCCAAAGAUUGAACGAAGUGUGGCUUAUACAUUUGAUGCAUACUCAGGAGGAAUGAAAGUUGACUUUUUAGAACAAGCCCCUCGAAGACGUCGCAAGAGCCUCGAAGAUCAAAACUCAUUAUUAAGUUCGAGUAUGCUCGACAGCAAAAGUGACACCGAAUUCGAAGACGAUCUAUUUGAGAGUAUUAAAAAAUCAGGCAAAUCCAUUAAAGACCUUUGUCGAAAUGAGACAAAUCUGUCAUUACUUUCUUCAAAAAUUAACAACAUAUUCACCAAAGAAGUUGGUAGAAAACGAAAGAAAAAACAAAGACCACUGAGUCCAAAAGAAGACACAAACGGAUUGAAUGAUGAAGACGAACGCAUGGAAAUGGUUCGUCGAAAACAAAAUGCUCAGUUAAGUUUGGUAGAAACUUUUCUCUCAAAGACUGCCCAAAGAAUAUCCGAACAACAACAAGCAUCUGCAGCAGCGGUAGCUGCAAUUGUCGAAGGAACUGAUGUUGCCGAAAAGCUUCAUAUGGCUACUGGAAAUUCUGAUAUUUCUGGUGAUCAUGAGAAUAGCUUUAGGCAACACGACCAUAUGGUAAAUGCCUCACAAACACCAACUUAUAAACAUUCACCGUCACAUGCAAUGAUGCAACGUCAAAAUCUUGUCGUCAGUAAAGGAAGUAAAAAAUGGAUUAGCAAUGAUGACCGCCAUAUGUCUAGGGAUUGUCCAUCGACUAGCGGUGUUGGAAUUGCUAGUCCUUAUGUCUCAGGGAAUCAAGGGAACAAUAUUGGCAUGGGAGUUCCUCCUGGUGGUGUAGAUGAUCCAAGUAAACUUUUGCCUAAUCGAGAUUUCUUAGCUCGAUUGAUGGGUUCAUCGAACUCUGAUCAUCACAAUCAUCCCAUUGCACAUGAAGAAGAUGAAAAUUCAUCAUUUUUGGAUGUUGUUGAUUCUAAUAAUCCCGGUGCAGUGAAUGCAGGUCAAAUGAAUCAGUUCCAUCAUAAUGGAGUUGGUUCCGAAGCAUCUCAUCAACAACAAAUGCAGCAUAUGAACUCUAUUGCACACUCACAAUCGUUUAUGAACUCAUUCUACAACAAUUCCAAUGCAAGACUGACAAGUGGAGGUGGUGGAGCUCCAUCCUCAGCAAGUAUGCUCGUAGAAGCAGCCCUUAACUCUGUUGGAAGCAUUAUGGACAAUGAUAGCGGUGAAAUGAAGUCUCAGGUCAACUCAAACCUCGAUAACGGCAAUCAAAUGAACUCACAAAUCGAAGUUGAAUCAGAUCGUUUUGGUGGAGGAAAUAUGUCCAACAUGGACAAUCUAGAAAACGAAAUUAAACUCAUGAAGAAUCUCAAUAAUUUCCCCAUGCAAAUUCCACCACUGCCAAUGUAUCCGGCCAGUGGGAAUUCAUUGAAUUCGUGCAACAUCUCUCCAGACACAUCCACACCCACUGAUCCACAAAGUAAUCAAAACAAUAACGAUAUCGAUGUAGAUGCUGGUUCAACGCCUCGUGGUCAGCAUAUGGGUGGUGGUGGUGGUGGUGGAGAUUCAGAGAGUUUCUCAAAUCAUCAUCAAACACCUCCUUCACCCCAAGCCAUAUCACCCGGUCGUGACUAUUCUAUCUUUGGUUCCAAUGAUAAUGCGGGUAAUGGUGGUGGACCAAGUAUAUCAGCAUCUUCACCUCUGCCUUCAAUGCAACAAAGACGAAAUGCUUCAAGUGUGGGGGCGAGUGGAGGCUCUGUUUAUACCGAUCAUGAGCUUAUUUCUCCAGCAUCCUCACCAUCGAUUCCUAGAUACAAUUUCAGUGGGAAUGAUAUUUGCCGAAAAAGAGACGAUGAUGGUGAGAGACCGCACAAUAUGUCAGGACAUAAUCAACUAUCCAGCGAUGACGAGAAUAGUAUUCUUCCUCAAAACAGCGGCCAAGAUAUGCGAAUGAAGUUCACUCAAUCUCAAAUGGAUCUUGUAUACUCCAAGUAUGAGAGUAUGGCUAGUGCGGCAAACCUCAAGUAUGGCAACAAUCAAGACCUAGAAGUUCCAUCAGACUAUCGCAAUAGUUCUAGCAACGAUCUAUCUGAUCUGCAAGGUCUCGACAUGACCUCUCGAUCUAAUGUAGGUUCAAAUUAUCAUCACAACUUCCAGUUGCCUCCUGGUGGUUCAAACUUGGGACUUGGCAGAUAUCACCAUCACAUAUACGAUAUCCUUUCCGAACGGGAACAACAACAGCAGCAACAGCAACAACAACAACACCAUCAUCAACAACAACAAGAAGAGCACUCAAGCCAAUUGUCUAUGCAACAGCACCAAUCCAUGCAUAAUCAUAAUUUACUACCUGAACAGCUAAGCGAUCAGGACCACGAUCAGACCACCUCUGUUGAUCUCAGUCGAACAGCCAACUACGUUGUGUCUUCCCCGCCGCAGAUUCCAUAUAAUCAUCCACAUCAUGAUGUCCUGCGAAUGGUAUCGCUCGAUCUAACACCCAAUGGCAAUAUGGGUGUCGGUAACAAUCGAUCUUUCCUGCCAUCACAAAUCCAACACAAUAACCGUGACAGCAUCGAUCAUCAUCGAUUGUUGUCAACUGCGGAACAACAUCGGAUACUAGCUGCUUCCAAUGCUGAUCAGCAUCGUUUGUUGGUCGAUCCCACUGCACACUUGUUGAUGGAACAAAAUAAUCGACUUCUCAGUUCAGACCAAUCGAGAUUGCUUGGAGAGAGUGCAGUAGCACAGAAUAGACAUAUGGCGGCAGCACGAGGCUUUGGUGCUUAUCAUCAAGUAGCUUCUGGUAAUUAUCAUCCGUCUGUUAGACCUGUGCUACCAUCACCCAAUCAUCAUGCAUCUAAUCCAUCGAACUAUCAUCCAUUCCCAGCAUACUAUUGAGAUUGGUCUUAAUUUAAUUUUUCUUCAAUUGUAAUUGAUUUUGUGAUAGUUUUUAUGAAGAUAUUUUGUAAAAACAAAUUUUCGUUACAUUUUGAUUUUCAGUCAUACCUACUGAUAAAUAGGGUUUAUUUUCAAGUCGUAACAACCUAUUUUUGAAAAAGAAAACGUUCAAGUUGGAACUAUUUUGUUGUCCAGUCAUAUGGUAGUUUUAAAUGCAUCAGUUUUUUAAAGAUGCAAUUUUGUCACAUAUAUUUAUUUAGCCGUUUUUUAUCUUAAAGUUAUUUGAAAAAUGCUUUCAGAUAAACAAAAAAAAUACUUCAGAUAGUACUAACAAUUUAAUGUUAAAUGAAAGGCUUUUCUGCGCGCAAAAAAAGCAUAAUUUGACGAUGGACAGUGGUUCCAAUAGUAAGAAGAUAAGGUCUUAAAUCUUAUAAAUGGUAUAUACCAUUUCGAUUCAUGGGUCCAGUUUUUCUAGAUUUAGGACCGCUUUCCCAUAUAACUUGAGUCGCACCAAAAACUGUUAUUUGACAACAAAAAAAAGAAGGAUCAGCAUUUUCCGAUUUACAUUAACAUUCAAUGUAAUCGGAUAGUUUUGUUCUUAAAAAAUUCAAAAACAAACAGAAUCAACAAUUUUCAAUCAAAAGAUAAAAGUUUUUAAAUCAAUUCGACGUUAUUUAUUAGGUUCAACGUGAACCGAAUAACAGAAUAGGGUUGAAACAAUCCCCAAAAUAUAUUGAAAUAUAAUUAAGUUAUGUUCCAUACAGUUUUUUAAUGGUAGUUAAGCAUGAUAGGAGUGUCAAAAUUUAAAUUUGGAAAGAAAUCCUGAAAAGUAUACAAAAUACGUUACAAGAACUUAUUAAUUAACCUUAAUAUGGAACGCAACUGACUGAAAUUAAUAAAUGAAGGAAAAUUUGUUGAAACUAAAUCUUCUUCAUAUUUGUUUUUGAAUUAAAUUUAUUUUUUUAAUAAAUUUGUUGAUGUUUAAUUUCAUAAUAUAUGUAUGUAUAACAUUAAUGUAUAGGUACUAUGUAUUCUUUUAAAGUUUCCUAAAUUAUGCACAACAAUAAGUGUUGUUGUACUUAGUUAUAGUUAUUUACUACUGUAUUUUUCAUAUACAAACUAAUAAGAAUAUCCUUUAAAAUAAAAAUAUUUAAAUUAUUAUUUUUUCAUUAAAAAACAAAAAAAACCAAACUGUAAUUAAUCUGCAUGUAUUUAAAUUGUCUCAAACUCAUAUAAAUGCAUUAAAAAUAAUAAUCUUUGUAUGAUAGUUUGGAAGUAUAUUAUUUAUAAUUAAUUAUAAAUAAAAGAAAAAAUAAUAUAAAAAAACAAGUAAAUGUGCCAAUAAACGCUACCCAACGGUUAAAAGUGAAAGAUUUAAAAUUAAAUACAUAUAUAAUAUAUAAUUUUAUAACAGAAACUUAGACCUUAUAUUAUUAUAUAGUAUACAAUAAAAAUUAGUUAGAAUGUAGGUAACGAUAUCUGUUUAAUAAAGUUUUUUUUUCUUUUUAGAAUUCUAAAAAAAAAUAAAAUUUUUUAAACCUUAUUGUAUAACCAAUUGUCGUAUUGAAAAAAAAAAUAAUAAAAAAUAUUAAAAUCGUAUACAAUACAAUAAUAAUUUUACAACAAAAAAAAAGUAACCUAAUUGUUAACAAAAAAAAUCCCAGACAUCCCAAGGUAGUUUACUAUUUUUACACCUGACGCCCACAGAAAUAAAAAAAAAAUUAUUCAAGUACAAAAAAACAACAAAAUAAUAAAA